AUGCCGAACGAUGAAGCAGAGCAGGAUCGCCUUGACUUGGUGCAUCAUAUGUUUUCUGUGAUGCUCAACGGAGAGCUAUUUCUCGCACCUGUCGAGAAUCCUCAAACAAUUUUGGAUUUGGGAACAGGCACAGGUAUCUGGGCGAUAGAUGUUGCUGAGUAUAUAUUUCCUUUUAAGAAAUUUCCAUGCAAAAGAAUACAAUUAACGUUAUGCAGCCAAUUUCCCUCGGCUAAGGUUAUAGGAAACGAUCUGAGCCCUAUCCAACCUUCUUGGGUACCCCCAAACGUCGAAUUUGUUGUCGAUGAUUUCGAAGAUGUAUGGAUGCACGAUCGGAACUAUUUCGAUUAUGUUCAUGCUCGCACAAUUUCAGGUUUUGAGCAUCUAGACCACAAUAUACUGAUAACCAGGGUCAGUUGUGUCCAAGACUGGGGACGUCUAAUGAAGCAGGCCUAUGACCAUCUGAAACCAAGCGGAUACUUUGAAUGUGCCGAGUUUGUCAUAGAUGCUUUCAGCGACGAUGGAACAUUCAAGCAAGAUUCACCUUAUCGAGAGUAUAUCAACAACCUCAACAAAGCAGGUGAAAUCACGGGAAGACCAAUGAAUGUCGCCACGUCCUUGAAGACUUGGAUGAAGAAUGCCGGUUUCGAGAAUGUAACUGAAGUGGUCUACGUGAUUCCAUAUGGACCAUGGCCUAAGGAUCCUAAGCUUAAGGAGAUUGGCAGAUGGCAGUAUGUGCAGGCCCCAGAGGGCGUGGAGGCUUACGGUCUUCGUCUAUACACGCAGGUGUUGGGAUGGCCGGAGUCCGAGGCCAAAUUGCACCAGGCUCUUGUUAAGCAGCAACUCCGCGAUAAGUCUUUGCAUAUCUAUGGGAAGCUGUGCGUCGUCCGACAAUUCUCCUUAACUAUUCCAUUACAGGUGAUUUUAUUGCUGACUGUUGCGCAAGAUAUGUGGUCUAUGGUAGGAAGCGUGGAACGGAAUGAGAGGAAAAAGAGUGGUGCGCGCUGUCUGGAAUCCAUGUGA